AUGUAAAAGAUUAGAAGACCCUAUUUUUCUUCCCUUCUAAGCUCUCUUCGCUUACAAUCGUCUCAACCAAAUCGAUCCACCAAAACUCAAUCCCAAAACCACGAAAACUCAUUCAUAGAAACAUCAGACGAAUUAAUCCGAGAUCAAUAGAUUUGGAUUUGAUGAGAUGGGAUCGGAUCAGAGCUCAUGGACGCCAUACAACUACAAGGAUUGCUCAAUAGGAAUGUGCAGCAUCUACUGCCCCCAAUUCUGCUACUUCAUCUUCCCUCCGCCUCCGCCGCCGGACUCCGCCUCCGCCUCCCCCUUCACGCCUCUCAUCAUCGCCGUCAUCGGCGUCCUCGUCAGCGCCGUCGUCCUCGUCAGCUACUACACCAUCGUCACCAGGUACUGCACCAGAUCCCGAUCAGGCGACGCCGAAUAUCCUCCGGCGAGUAAUCAGUGGCAAUCGGCGGCGGCGAGCGGGCUAGAGGAGGCGGCGAUCAGAUCGAUCGCGGUGAAAAGGUACCGGAGGUCGGAGGGGCUGAUCGAGGCGGCGGAGUGCGCGGUGUGCCUGAGCGAGUUCGAGGAAGAGGAGCGGCUGAGGCUGCUGCCGAAAUGCGGCCACGCAUUCCACGUGCCGUGCAUCGACGCGUGGCUGAAAUCGCACUCCAAUUGCCCCUUGUGCCGCGCCGCCGUCGUCGCCGCCGCCUCUCCGCCGCUGGAUUCGGAUCCUUGCGAAUUGCGUGAGGUGAUUGUGGUGGUGGAGGAGGAGCAGGAGGUGCCGAAGAGUCCGAAUCGGAAUGCGGAAGGAGAAAAUGGCGCGAGGCGUUUGAGGAGAUCGGUUUCGUUGGGGGAUGUUAGGGUUUCGAUGGGGGAUUUUGGUGAUGAUUUGGGGAGGAAUAGAUGUCGAUCUUCGAGGGGAUUCAAUUUCGCAUGAACAUACAAAGCCAAUCUGUAAUUAUUUUAUUUUUAUGAUUCAACAUGCAUGAUCAAUUUUUCAUUUUGUACAUAUUUAUUAACACAACAAAAAUUAAUGAAUACUAUUUGGUUUUAUUUUCA